AUGGAGUCUUACAAGGAGCUCACUUGUGAGUUUUUGGCAUCGAUGAGGUACCACAAGUAUGAUGAGCUCGAUCGAGCUGACUUGGACCAAGGCUGGGGAUGGAUCACAUUCUUGGCAAAGAGGAGAAAGAAGAUGGUGACCUUUAGGCAGCUUGAGAUACUGUUUGGGUCCAAGGCUGCUCAGAUCAGGAGUCCAGUGCUGAGAUAUGUGCACAAGGCCUUGCCAACACCUUCUUUGCAAGGAAAGCCACAGGGACAAUCAAUGAAGGAGAAGUAA